AAAAAAAAAAAAAAAAAACCAUGAACGACAACCCCGCCAUCCACCUCCCCGCAAACCUAAGCCCCCACGCCCGCCAAAUGCUCGUCAACGCAUACGACCGCGUCCUCGAAGCGCGCGCCCUCCUCUUAGCUGCAUCGGAUAUCGACGAGCAUACGGAGGCGCAUAUCCGAUUAGCCCACGCGCAGGAGCGUGAACAGCAGAUUAGGACACAGGUUCUUGGUGGUGCUGGUGGUGGUGGAGGUGGCGGCGGGAGUAGGAGUAGGAGCAGGAGAAGUGAUGAUUCAGAUGUUGUAAAUGCGGAGGAGGAGGCGGAGGAGAUGGAGACGGAGGAGCGGUUGGACUAUAGGGGCAAUCAUACACCCACCAAAAACGCGCAAUCACAGAACCUUUUCGGCUCUGCAGACUUACCCAUCCAUCCUCCACUGGUCGGCCAUAUGCGUCUCAAGUCCUACAUGCGCGAACGUCGCCAUGCUGCUCUCAGCGUGUUGACAGACCAGGAGCUGUUAUUGAACCAUGCCGUGGCCAAUUAUGAGACAAUCCCCGAAACCCGCCGCCGCUUCCAACACCAUUACAUAGGCCUCAGCAUGCCACAAAACUACGUACACGCCUUCGCCCUGCAGGAGAAAAUCCUAGGACCUAAAAAGACGUCGUCUACAUCUCAGGCUGCCGCUAGUAAAGCCAAGGGCAAGGGAAAAGCAGCCACAUCCACAGAUCCUACGCAUACUCAAUUCCCCCUUCCAGCUGCAACCAUGACGACAGGCUCAACCUAUCCUUUACCAAUCGAAUCACGCCUGCCCGUAGUUGAUAUUCUGGAAGUCGAUGGCGGAUGGCGGAAUCAAGGCGCUGGGGAUGAGGGGUAUGGGUCGGUCGCUUUGCCUGGAUCCGUCACUGCGUCUCCAUCGGCUGCUGUGGCUGCUGUGGCUGCUGUGGGUGGUAGCGAUGGUGGUAGGAGGGGGAGUAGGAGGGCAAGGGGCAGGGGCGGUGCAGGUGCCGCUGGUAAUAGUGGUAGUGGACAGGGGCAGGGGAGGAGGAGGAGUGCGAGGCAUUCGGCGGGCGCGGUUGGAUAAGGCUGAGUGAAGGUGAAAGUGCGGUUGGUUAAGUCAGGCUUAGGUCUUUCGUUUCAAGUCUUUUUAUAUUUUUUUUUUAGUUUGUCUUAGGCAGCGGGGGACGACGUCACGGCGUAAUGGAUUGUGUGGGGUAAGAUGCUUUUAUCAUGUCUAUCAUUUGAAUGAGAUCUGGCUGCGGAGUUCAGGAGCCUUCUGACCCUUUUAUUUUUUCUCAUUUCCUUUUCUUUUCUUCUUCUUUAUUCUUCUUCCUUUCGCUGCUGGUUCGCAUGGGGAUGUAUGUAACUAAUAGGUAUGUACAUAAUAACUUCCAGGAUAUAUGGAAAUAAUGUUGACAAAAAUGCCACAGCUUUUCGCGAGGGUGAAAACUCUGAUCUGAUUUCCUACCUCGGGGAGAUUUUUGCACCAAGCUAAAUAGCUAAAUAUACUGAAUACCAGCGAGGGAAAGCAAAGGAAAAAAAACGGGGUACGGAUACUCGAAAGAAUUCAAAUUCAGCACAGAAACGAAUGGGACAAGGUUGACCUGCAUGCAUGCGUGCAAACUACCGAUCCGUCCUUUUAUUAGCAGGUUUGGUUCUGGAAUAUCGAGCUCGAUUGGAGGGGAGUUCGAUAUGGUAGCUAGGAAAAACCAUCGGUUCGGAACAGCUGGUGAUUGUACAUUUCCAUUUAGUUCAUUUUGAGUCGAUUUUUCGAUUGGCUUCGCUGACGACGGAAGGGCAAUCGAUGGCACACCGCUUUUUGAGCCGAUAUCCCGUCAAGAUGGAUAUGUUGACAGUAACUAAAAUUCACCGAGCAAUUGCGAGUUAAGUUGCCGGAAACAAUUCAGCUGGUCGUCGGUCACAAGGUCUACGGGGUAUGGGGUAGGAGAUCCAAUAUCUAUAUCUUCAUCGCCUCAACGAUUCCAUCACCACCCUCAUCGAUCGGGUCGCACAACUUAACCACCGUAAGCCCAGCCUUCUCCAACAGUUCACGUCACUGCUGUGCCGUGCGCUCCAUGCCGGAGUUGAAAGCCAUCAUUGUCAUAUCUAAUUGUGCCUGGAACUGCGAUGCCUCUUGUUCCCGGCACAACCAUCUCAUGUAUAAGGAGCUUCGAGUAGCCUGGUGUCACUGCCGCUGUGGCAUUUUCAAGAAUCUCGAGGCAGUAAGAAUCUGACCAGUCGUGGAGGAUGUGGUGAUAGAAGUAGACCCUUGCACCUAUACGGUGUGAGCAGAAUAUAUCUCACUUCCUUCCCCCUCCUCGAUUCUCAACGGAGAAAAGGAGAGAAACAUGUGAAUGAAAUAAUAGAGGAGGAAGAAAGUUUGGGGAAGUAAAUAGAUGAGAUGAGAACCCUCUUAUUAUACCUGUUACAGGCUGUUUGGUUCAAAAAUUAUAUAUGUAACCUUCUCAAUCACCUCCUCCAAGUCUCCUGUGUCAGGACCUUUCCUACACCCACAUCCACAAUUAGGGCCCUGUCUGUAGCUGUGCCGUCCAGAAUCUGGCUCUGCUCUGCCAAUCAACCCAGUACUUCCGCGCACCCAUUGUGUUGGCCAUGAACAUAUUGAAGUCUCUGCGCAAGGAUGGAGAAGAAACAAUUCAUUCGAAAGUGGUCUGUUUCAAGAAAUAGUGAAAAAAGGGGGCGGGACUUUGAACUAAAAAAUAGAAUUAAUAAUUACUCACAUCAUUCGAUGGCCAG